AUGGAUUAUAAUAAGAAAUUACUUCUCGUUAUUCUUAUGUACUUGUAUGUCCGGUUUUUUUGGAAGAGAGGUUUAAAACGAGUGCGAGACAAUGAUUCGCGUAUGACGGGACAUAAAUACACGUUAGAGUUAUUGACAGGAAAUCCCGAACAAUGCAUUGAUCUUCUACGUAUGUCUCGUGAAUCAUUUGUCCGACUAUGCGCACAUUUUAGAGUAAAUUAUUCAUUAGAGGAUAGUAAACAUGUAUUGGUUGAGGAGAAGAUGGCUAUGUUUUUGAUGAUAAUCGGUCAUAAUCAACGAUAUGUAGUUAUCAAGCGUAGAUUUCAACACUCAAAGCAAACAAUUCAUAAAUAUUUUUAUGAAGUGUUGGAUAAAAUGAUGCUUUUUGCUAAAGAAAUGAUAGUACCAACUUCUUUCAAUCCUAAUCCAAACAUACCGGGACAUAACAAGAGACUACGACGGGUUUUUAAAGGAGCAGUUGGUGCACUAGAUGGAACUUUAAUACAUGCUGUUGUCCCUAUUAGUAAACAAGAUUUAUAUAGAGGAAGAGGAAAAGGAGAUUGUUAUCAAAACGUAUUAGCAAUUUGUGACUUCAACAUGAUUUUUACGUUCGUCGUGGCCGGCUGGGAAGGUGUAGCACAUGAUGCAAGAAUAUUAUCAGAGGCAUUAUCAGAUCCAGAUGCACCAUUCCCGUUUCCACCACAAGACAAGUAUUAUCUUUGUGAUGCCGCGUAUGCACAUAUACGGGGAUUUAUGGCUCCAUAUCGUAAUGUGAGGUGUUGGCUAGGAGAUUUUCGCCGAAGACGUGCAUUGACUAAUAAAGAGAAAUUUAACCAUGCUCAUGCAAAACUUCGGAACGUAAUUGAGCGUGCUUUUGGUGUCUUUAAAGCAAGAUUCCCUAUUUUGAAGAGGAUGGCACCAUUUCCAUUGGUUACGCAAAGGAACAUUACCAUUGCAUGUUUCGCGCUACAUAAUUUUAUAAGGAAAGAGGGUUUGAGCGAUGAAUUGUUUACAGAAUACGAUCAACCCAAUGUUUCGGUGCAUAAUAGGCAAGUGCACGUUAAUGCUGGUGAAGACGAGGUUGAAGCACAUGGUACUGCAUUGGAUCGAGGAUAUAUGAAUCAGUUACGAGAUGAGAUUGCUGAGCAGUUAAUGCAAAGCACGGAUACAAUGCUUUAA